AUGCUGCGAACACGACAUUUCCGCCACGCCACGGUGGAGGUGGGUGAGGGUGGAGUCAAGUGUGAGAGAGGAGUCAAGUGUGAGGGAGGAGAGGGUGGAGUCAAGUGUGAGGGUGGAGACAAGUGUGAGGGAGGAGUCAAGUGUGAGGGAGGAGAGGGUGGAGUCAAGUGUGAGGGUGGAGACAAGUGUGAAGGGGGAGUCAAGUGUGAGGGUGGAGUCAAGUGUGAGGGUGGAGACAAGUGUGAAGGGGGAGUCAAGUUCAAGUUUGAGGGUGGAGACAAGUGUGAGGGUGGAGUCAAGUGUGAGGGUGGAGUCAAGUGUGAGGGUGGAGACAAGUGUGAGGGUGGAGACAAGUGUGAGGGUGGAGACAAGUGUGAAGGGGGAGUCAAGUAUGAGGGUGGAGUCAAGUGUGAGGGUGGAGACAAGUGUGAAGGGGGAGUCAAGUGUGAGGGUGGAGACAAGUGUGAGGGUGGAGACAAGUGUGAGGGGGGAGUCAAGUGUGAAGGGGGAGUCAAGUGUGAGGGUGGAGUCAAGUGUGAGGGGGGAGUCAAGUGUGAAGGGGGAGUCAAGUGUGAGGGUGGAGUCAAGUGUGAGGGUGGAGACAAGUGUGAAGGGGGAGUCAAGUGUGAGGGUGGAGACAAGUGUGAGGGUGGAGUCAAGUGUGAGGGUGGAGACAAGUGUGAAGGGGGAGUCAAGUAUGAGGGUGGAGUCAAGUGUGAGGGUGGAGACAAGUGUGAAGGGGGAGUCAAGUGUGAGGGUGGAGACAAGUGUGAGGGUGGAGUCAAGUGUGAGGGUGGAGACAACCCCCACAAAAGUCAAUAA